UGUGUGUUUCGAUUCAUUUGCUCCCUGAUUCCUUCACGGUGGAAGGGAGGUGAUUCUCUCCGCCGCCAUUUUUAGGGAACUGCCUAUCGGAGAGAGAAACUUUGCUAGCUGAGCGUUAGCGGCUAGUUGGCCAGUAGCCUGCCUGCUGCCAGCCCGUUGUGACAGUUACCGCUUGGCAGUCGUUAGCCAGCUCAGCUCAGCUCGGCUCAGCUCGGCUCGUUGAUAGAAAUUAUCUCUGCCGCCGGCCAGUAUAGAUGACAAAAGGCGGCUACUGCUAAAGUGGACAAUUAGGGUGGGCUUAAGGCCAGCGUCUGUGUUUGGGUAGGGCAAUUAUGCAGUUAGAUUAGCGAAUUAGCAUUGCUAACUUAUCAGCUAGCGAAUUCACACUUUGAUUUCCCUGGACUGCAUUGCCCGUCUGUGAUUUAGCCUCAGCCGCUCCGCGCUGCCGUGUUCCCGGUGACUGGAUUAAUCAGCCGCUUACAGCGCACUCCUCAGCCUGCGUGGAUUCAUUCGGACCAGGUGCCCAUGUGCUGGUUCCUCAGGCGCAUCCAUUACCGCAGAUGAAUCUUCAGCUGCUUCGGCAUAGCUCAGCACCCAGAUAGUCCCAUCCCCUUUGCGUGGGUGAUAAGGGACUACAUUAACCAGGAUGCCCUCCUCUGUAAGGGCAGGGAGCCUGAAGGAUCCGGAGGUGGCUGAGCUUUUCUUCAAAGAAGACCCAGAGAAGCUUUUCUCUGACCUCCGAGAGAUCGGCCAUGGCAGCUUUGGCGCAGUCUACUUUGCACGAGAUGUGCGCACGAAUGAGGUGGUGGCAAUUAAAAAGAUGUCCUACAGUGGCAAACAAUCUAAUGAGAAAUGGCAGGACAUCAUAAAGGAGGUGAAGUUUCUCCAGAGGAUCCGACACCCCAACAGUAUAGAAUACAAAGGCUGUUACCUCCGUGAGCACACAGCAUGGCUGGUGAUGGAGUACUGUCUCGGCUCAGCCUCUGACCUCCUAGAAGUUCAUAAAAAACCUCUACAAGAAGUUGAGAUUGCUGCCAUUACACAUGGUGCUCUGCAGGGGCUGGCCUACCUUCAUUCCCACAAUAUGAUCCACAGGGAUGUGAAGGCAGGUAACAUCCUGCUGACUGAGCCUGGGCAAGUCAAACUGGCAGACUUUGGCUCUGCCUCCAUUGCCUCGCCUGCCAACUCCUUUGUGGGAACGCCAUACUGGAUGGCCCCGGAGGUGAUUCUAGCUAUGGAUGAGGGCCAGUAUGACGGGAAGGUGGAUGUCUGGUCCUUAGGGAUCACCUGUAUAGAAUUAGCGGAGAGGAAGCCUCCCUUGUUUAACAUGAAUGCAAUGAGUGCCUUAUACCACAUAGCGCAGAAUGAGAGCCCCACACUGCAGUCCAGUGAAUGGACGGAUUACUUUAGGAACUUUAUCGAUUCUUGCCUUCAGAAAAUCCCCCAGGACAGACCACACUCUGACGACAUGUUGGGUCAUGCGUUUCUGCAACGGGAACGUCCAGACUCGGUGCUGAUGGAUCUUAUUCAGAGAACCAAGGAUGCAGUGCGAGAGCUGGAUAACCUGCAGUACCGCAAGAUGAAGAAGAUCCUCCUUCAGGAGGCCCACAACGGACCAACAACAGAAACCCAAGAUGGAGACGAGGAUCUGGAGCCGGGUGGAGGUCGGACCGGAACCGUGAACAGCGUUGGCAGUAAUCAGUCCAUCCCCAGCAUGUCCAUCAGCGCCAGCUCCCAGAGCAGCUCCGUCAACAGCCUGAACGAAGCCGCUCAGGACAGCCGCAGCGAGCUGGACCUGAUGGAGGGAGACCACACGGUGAUGUCCAACAGCUCCGUCAUACACCUCAAACCGGAGGAAGAGGAGAGCUUCUCUGGGGAGCAGGCAGCCAGCAGUCAACCCACUGAGCCUCAGGCAACACCAGUUCCAGCCCCAAGAAAGCACUACCGCAACAGAGAGCACUUUGCCACCAUACGCACAGCAUCACUCGUGACGCGUGAGAUGCAAGAACACGAGCAGGACUCUGAGUUGAGGGAGCAGAUGUCAGGAUACAAACGCAUGAGGCGGCAGCAUCAGAAGCACCUGAUGGCCCUGGAGAACAAGCUGAAAGGGGAGAUGGAUGAGCACCGGCUGAGGCUGGACAAAGAGCUGGAGAGUCAGAGGAACAACUUCACCCAGGAGAUGGAGAAACUGCUCAAAAAACACCAGGCAGCCCUGGAGAAAGAUCUGAAGACGUUUGCCAACGAUGAGAAAAAGUUCCAGCAGCACAUUCAGGUGCAACAGAAGAAGGAGCUCAGCAGCUUCUUAGAGUCACAGAAGCGAGAGUAUAAACUACGCAAAGAGCAGCUCAAAGAGGAACUGAGUGAGAACCAGUCGACUCCCAAGAAAGAGAAGCAAGAGUGGCUGUCCAAGCAGAAAGAGAAUAUCCAGCACUUCCAGGCAGAGGAGGAGGCCAACCUGCUGAGGAGACAGAGGCAGUAUCUGGAGCUGGAGUGUCGGCGCUUCAAACGCAGGAUCCUCAUCGCCAGACACAACGUGGAGCAGGAUCUGGCCAGAGAGGAGCUGAACAAACGGCAAACUCAGAAGGACCUGGAGCAUGCUAUGCUACUCAGGCAUCACGAGUCCAUGCAGGAGCUGGAGUUCAGGCACCUGGGGACGAUCCAGAAGGCCCGGGCAGAGCUAAUCCGCACCCAGCACCAGACAGAGCUCACCAACCAGCUGGAAUACAAUAAAAGGAGGGAGAGGGAGCUGAGGCGCAAGCAUGUCAUGGAGGUCCGGCAGCAGCCCAAGAGCCUCAAGUCUAAGGAGCUUCAGAUUAAGAAGCAGUUUCAGGAGACAUGCAAAACUCAGACUAGGCAGUACAAGGCCCUCAGGAACCAUCUGCUGGAGACCACGCCCAAGUCUGACCACAAGGCCGUGCUCAAGAGGCUGAAGGAGGAGCAGACCAGGAAGCUGGCCAUCCUGGCCGAGCAGUAUGACCACUCCAUCAAUGAAAUGCUCUCCACGCAGGCUCUGCGGUUAGAUGAGGCUCAGGAGGGAGAAUGUCAGGUUCUAAGGAUGCAGCUGCAGCAGGAGCUGGAGCUGCUCAACGCCUACCAGAGCAAGAUCAAGAUGCAAACAGACGCACAGCAUGACAAGGAGAGGAGGGAGCUGGAGCAGAGGGUGUCUCUGCGGAGGGCUCUGCUGGAGCAGAAAAUUGAGGAGGAAAUGCUCUCCCUGCAGAACGAGCGCCUGGAGCGAAUCCGCUCGCUGCUGGAGCGCCAGGCCCGAGAAAUCGAGGCCUUUGACUCAGAGUCCAUGCGGCUGGGCUUCAGCAACAUGGUGCUCACCAACCUGGCUCCCGAUUCCCAGGGAGGCUGGGGGGGAGGAGGUGGAGGAGGCCAGGGGGCUCAGGGGGGAGGCCACUGGCCCGGAGGAGGUGGAGGAGGCGGCCACCAUAGUCAUCACCACCAGGGGGGCUCCAGCUCACAGCAGCCCUGGGGUCACCCGAUGCUGGCUGGGGGCCCACCGCCGUGGAGCCUCCACCACCCCGGAGGAGGGAGUCAGAGGGGCAGCCAGGGAGGCGCGGGAGGGGUGAGGAACAGCCCACAGGCUAUGAGGAGGACGUCAUCAGGGGGGAGGAAUGAACAGGGCAUGAGCAGGAGCGCCAGCAUCACCUCUCAGAUCUCCAACGGAUCCCACCUGUCCUACACCUAGAACACACACAAGCAACACAAUAACUGUCUUAAAGUUAAACUCUUGUGCGCCGAGGUAACACUGUACACACAGACACACACCACACAUGCUUCACACACACUUGCUGUUAGUGCAUCUCACACCUUUCAGUACUGAGACCGGGUUAACUCGGCCCGGUUCUUCCCCCGUCACCACUGCUCUCUUACAUCAGUGUGCAGCGAGCAGCCGUCUGUGGAAACCCAGGAGAGCUGGAGCUAAUCCAACAUGGCUGAGGGCCAUUUACAGUAUGCCACAGUGCAAUAGUGUCAUUUUUACUGCAGCCUCUAGUGCUAAUUAAUGUGUUUGUUUAUGCCAUGUUAGUCUCUGUUGCCAUAGACACAAAAGUAAAAUAUUCAUAUUAUCUACCAGAGUUUAUUAUCAAGAGUGGUUUGUUUGCAGUUGUUUUUUUUUUUUUUGCAGUAUGUUGUUUCGCUCUUCAGUGGGCUAAAUCAGUUUUUCGAAGAUGCCACCCAGUAAGGUGCAUUAUGGGAAAAUCUGUGUUCAAUGUGCAGUUUUUCAAAAUAGCAUUUGCAAAUUUGUCUGUGUGCAGAUUCGUUCGAGCUCAAGAUUUAAACGCAGAUGUGUUACUGAUAGAAAGUUUCAUGAGAUUAUCGUUUGUGUGCAGUUCCAGGGGAGAUGACAACUCAGGAGGUACUGACGGGGUGUAAAACUGAUGAUUGUAUAACGGACAGUUUCAGACGACGAGUUAACCGGCAGAAAAAGAGAAGGAGGGUCAUUGUAAGUUAGUAAAAGUGUGUAUCGCUGACUUUACAGUCGUAGCACAGGGACGGUUACGGCGUCUGCGGAAAGUACACUAUCGUUCAAUCUGCACUGCCAGACAAGAAAUCUAAGUGAUGCAGAACUUGUGGUGUAGUGAUUUGUCGGAGCACAAUAGCAAGUGUCAAAUACCACACAGGAAUUUCAGUCCCUGGCGUUACGUGUCGACCGUGAACAAGGCUGCUGAGAUGCCAAAGGUAAAGGUGCAGAGUCGGAUUUGUCAUUCUAACUAUUCAUGCCAUGUGUUUGUAUUUCAAGAAAUCGUGCCAGAGUAGCUCAGUUUAGUUGAUGCCACGCGGCCAAGUAGAGUGUAGCCGGACUAGAAGAGAGAAGGGAGUCAUUCAUCUCCUGCAGCUUUAUUGGCUCAGCUCUCGGGUUUCCACAGACCUCUGCGCUUCACUCACACCUGCCCAGUGGACGGCCAGUCUGAGGGAAGCUGUAGCCUCAUUAGUCCACAGCCCUCAGGACAGGGAUGGGUUUCAGCAGCACCUAACCUCUACUUGAAUAGCUUCACAACUGGUGUUCUCUCUCUGUCUCUCUCUGUCUCUCUCUUCACUUGUUUGCUGUAAUUUCCCAUCUAAUCUGACACUUUUUAGUGAUGCAGUAAAAAACAAAACAAAAAAACAUACAAACUGAACCAUGCCUGCUUGCCUACCUCAAGUAGAGCUCCACCACAGGGAGUCGAGACUUGACAAUGACUUGCACUUUGGCACAGGCCUUCACUUACAGUAAACAUCAGUCAGACACACACACACACACACACACACAUGCAUACAAACACUAGUUGUUGAUUUUUAUUCCCCAAACACUAUGUAAACUUGGCUGUAAAUGCAUGUAGGAUUGAAAGUGUAAAAUGUCAAAACUUAAGGGGAAAAGAGCACAUUUAGAAGCCAAGUUAGAUGUAAAUGAGCAACACACAGUCAAACACUUUAACUCUUUGAGCAGCGACAUUGCCUAAAAACUUCCCCGUUUGUUUUUUUUUUUACUCUUCUAAGAAUCCCUUUUUAAGACCCUAGACUUAACAGGAAUGAACACAGUGUGAAGAGGAGCUUCUCCAGCCCUCUGCUGGUUGGUGGCUGCUGAAUGUCUCCGUGGACGGAUGGGCGGUGAUGCUGUGAUCUCCGCUGCCAUGCCCCUGCAACCUUCCCCAGUCUGACACCCCGCUCUGUCUCACCCCUGAUGACCCCCCAAAGUCACAUUCUGACCACCGAUCUCCCUGCUUCCCUCCCACCUUCGUUUCCUCCCCUCCUGAGCCUUUUGUGGUCGUCACCCCCUCCCUGAUCUAACGAGGGGGAAAGAGCUCUUCAAGUGAAAGGAAAUAAAAAAAAGAAAAGUUAAAAAAAAAAAAGAUGAAAGAAAUAUAUAUAUGUAUUAUUAUAUAAGUCUAUGGAAAAAAGAAGGAUUAUAGAGAAGAUAAAGGUGGAAGUGUUAUUGCAAAAUGCAGAGAUUAUGCAUUAUAUGAUUUUUCUUCAGUGGUGGAAUGUACAGGAAACGUGUUAAUAGUGUAUAUUUUGAAUUUGAACAUAUGGAAAUCUAAUUGACAAAUCAAAGACAAAUUAAGUUGCGAUGCGGGCACAAUGGUGUGGCUUCAGACCAGCGGCGGUCAGAUGGACGUUCGAGUUACAGCCGCUGAGUUUUCACUGUCUCACUUGCAGCUGCGAGUUCGGAAACUUGUUACAGAUAUUCUGUUGUGAAUGAUAACAACACAACUUUAGGUCAGAUUGCCUUAAAGAAAUGGCAACGUUUUCUUUAAUAGUGUAUGAGGAUGAUUUUUGCACAUAAUUUGAAAUCUAGUUAGGUGUAGCCUUUGCUGUAGCAUCGGCUAUAUUUUACUGACAUUAUUCUACCCGAUAGAGAAGACUUGAGCUGUCUUUGUUUAGGAGGUCCGUGGUUUUUAGAAGACUCUCAGGCCUGAAGUAAAGGUUAUAAUAUAGAGAAAGAACUGUCUUUUAAGAAUCUGAAAAAAACUGCUGAAUUCUAAAACAAUAUUUGGUGCACUCUACAACCUCCAAUUGCUUCCAAAUUCUUGCACAAGACAGAAAACGGUUACUCUCGGUCAUGUGGGAUCCACUGACGUUAUUUGGGCUUUUUUUUUUUUUCAGAAUAUACACCAAGUAUUUUCACACUGCACUUCAUUGUUUUUGCCUUCUUUUUAAAAAAAACAACAAACUUCCCACCCUGCACUCAAAACAUAUAAUCCUAGUUUUGUUGGCUCAGUUCUGAAAACAGAAAGUUUGCCACUGUACCCAACAUCUUUUAUCAACCUUUUUUUUUUUUUUUUUUUCAAGCUCUUUAGUGUUUUUAUGCCAGAAAAAGGUCAUUCUUUUAUUUUCCAGAUGAUGUCUGCAGAGGGCCAAACGAGUGGCGGAUUUUUUAGACCUUCUCUUGUGUUUACUAGAACUCCCAGCAGGUGUUUUGCGAGGCAGUCAAGGAGGGCAGAGUCUAGCUUUAGACCUUGGUCGCUCUGAACUGGAUCAGUUGCACUGAUUGCACAAGUGACUGACCAGAUCAAAGAGUCUACUGUGAUCCCGUCCUCGGCGUGCUGAGGGGCGGCUGCCAUUGGCUGAAAGUAGGCGGGAGGCAGGGUUACGUCUCUGUACAGUCUGUUUAUCAGUAUUCCUUUUAUCUCCUGUCAUUUGGUGGAUCUUGCUGUUUUAUUCUCCCUGGUCCAGAGAUCUGUAUUAAACUGUAUGAAAUUGUAUAGAUUGUGCAAAGAAAAAAAAUAAAAAAUAAAAAAUCUGAAUGUUGCAUAGCAGAAGAGAAAAGAUAUUCCUUACAGAUGACAAAGUGAUUUAAAAUGUAUAAAAGAAAUUCAGAAGCAAAGUUUAGGGGAUAAAUGUAAUAUUUUGUUUGUAAUUACUAUUUUUUGUUGGAAGAGGGCUACUGGAUAAAGAAUCAUCUGUAAUAAAGUAAUUUUAAUAUUU